CCAAACGAUAAGAAAUAAACUUCCAAAACAGGAGCAUUAUUCGAGAGCGCACUGUGUCUUUAAUGGCCCUGCUGGAAGGCUUCCGGCAGUAGUUUGCUAAGAUUGGUUGCUCAGUGCUUAAUACAGUAGCGGAGCUGGGAGCAUACAGGAAGCAAAACAUUACAGCAGCGGAAAUGCGUGCAAAGCAUAAAAAAGCUCUAUGCGGCUGGAGUCUUAUACCUAAGUCUUAGAGCUCAGAACUACCGGAGAUGGACUAUGUGGUUAUUGAAAUCGUUAUGGAUCCGGCCUCUCCUAAGCCCUCAGUAUACCAGGGGCGCUCAAGCUGGCCUCGAGUUUUGUACCGGGAAGAACCAGCGGAAGCAAUUGCUACAUCCACUGAUGGCUAAUCGCAGUCUCUGCAUGGCCGGCUGCUCCCAGGACGCCUCAUAUAAACACCUGAUUAGUGAAGGAGAGAAAAAGACAGUUGUUGGUGUCUUCUUUCACCAGAUCUGUGUUGAGGGGAAUAUUGCAAGUGGAAAAACAACAUGCCUGGAUUAUUUUGCCAAAACUACCAGCAUUGAGGUUUUGACGGAACCUGUGCCUAAGUGGAGGAAUGUACAUGGUCACAAUCUUCUGAUUUCCCCGCUAAGAAUGAUGGAGCGGUCAAUUCACAGUGCAAAACACAUUUUUGUAGAAAACUUAUAUCGAAGUGGGAGAAUGCCAGAAGUGGAUUAUGUAGUGCUAACAGAAUGGUUUGAAUGGAUCAUGAAGAAUGCUGAUGUUUCGGUUGAUUUGAUAGUUUAUCUACAGACUUCUCCUGAAACUUGUUAUGAGAGGUUAAAGAAUAGAUGCAGAGAAGAGGAAAAGGUCAUUGCUAUGGAAUAUUUAGAAGCUAUCCAUCAGCUCUACGAGGAGUGGCUUAUAAAACAAACACUGUUUAAAGUUCCUUCUCCAGUGCUCGUGAUUCAGGCUGACAAUGACAUGCAGAAAAUGAUAGAAAAGUAUGAAGAAAAUCGGGACCGAAUAUUAACCCCAUUAAAUAUGCAACACUGUCUGUAGAAAUCCAGUUUUAUGGUCAUGCUUUAAAAAACAUGUCCAUCAGGGGAAUUCUGAUAGACAUUCCCAAAAAUUUUUAGGAUGUGGUCUUUUGGUUGAGAUUUUGUCUUGUAAAGUGUCAAUGACUUUAACUAGGAAAAGGCCACAAACAGGCCAUAUCCUGUUUACCUUCAGUUUCUUGCACUUUUAAGUUCCAGUGCAGCUUUACUGAUCUCAGACUACCUCUGACAGGAAGCUGCUGUAUCUCACUUCCCUACUUCACUUCUGCAUUGUAUAAAUACCUUUCUGAUAUUGCAUUUUCUCAUGAUAAUGUACUUUCAUUCACUCCAAAUAGUCCCAUAUAUGGCCUCUCAUGUAAUUAGAAGGCGGUGGAUAAGUCAAGCUUAUGUAGUCAGUAAGUGAGCAAAUUCAAUCCAGUUUUGUAACAAUUUUAAAUGGAAAAGCAAUGAAAUAACUAAUUAUGCUACUGUUCUCAACCACCAUUUUCACAAAAUAUCAUUAAUUGCACUUAAAAUAGGAAAACUAAACAGUUCAUUUCUUAAUUAUGGACCUGAUUCUAAUCUCACUUGCACCAAUAUAACUUCAUUGGCUUUACUGGAGUCAUUUCUGAUUUAAAUGAGAUCAAAAUCAAGUCCCAAUCCUGCAAAUACUUAUGCAUCUGAAUAGUCCCAUUGAAUUAAAUGGAACAGCUCAGGUAUAUAAAGUUACCCAGGCUUUAUAAGAAUUUGGGGUCUAAGGCUCUCUGGCCCAGAUUUUCAGAAGAGUUCAGCAUCUAGCUGCUCUCAGUAAAAUUCUGACUCCAAAUGAAAAUCUCUUUUGAAAAUCUGUCCCUAAAACUUUUUCUAUCAUGUGACAGAAUUUUUCUCAUUAUGCAUUGACAUUGGGUAGUAAUUCUGACACUGAUUAUUUGAUAUCUUAAACUUUUUAUUAUGUUCUAGUAGAUGUUUGCAUCAUGUGUAAGUUUAAGAACAUGUGAGAGGGCACUACAUAGGGUCAUCCAUUAAUCACAGCUUCUCCUGGCUGCAGACAUCAAGAAGAGAGCAGAGAACAUCUAGUGAAAGUUAAAUUCUCACUUUAUUUCUUAAACUGCUCUGUGAUGUUUUUAUAGAUCACUUAUAAUUUACCCUCUCGAGUGCUGUCCUCAAGUUGGCACUUUUAACCGAGCGGUCUUAAGACUAAUUUCCUUUAUUUUCUCUUUAAAUUGGAAGGGAUGAUUCUUUGUUCAUUCUAUAAAAGUUUGGGUUGUUUGAACUAGUGCCAGCAACAUUAAAAAACACCUCUGCUUAAAUCAACAUAGCAAAAAAAGCAUUUACUUCACUGGGCAUGUGUCAUAACUGUAUAGUCUUAAAACUAGCUCCAUGUUUAGCUCAGCUAAGAUGUUUUCGUAAAUUUAAAUAUGCAGUGAUCAAUGUCUAUAAUGUGUUAGAAACACAGAGGGUAGUAACUUUCAAAUACAGAAUUCUGUUAUGUGUACUUCAUUUGGUUAAGAAUAAUAAUCAGAUACUAUACAAAGGUGUAUCUUUAGUUUUCAUUGUAGUCAUGCAUAGUUAAUUUAUAGUUUCAUUGUAGUCCUUUAUUUAUUCAGUUUCCACUUGAAUUGGACUGCUGCUAAGAGAGGAGGCCCUGUGUCAUGGGGUCCACUCAUUACUAGGGCACCUCCUCCUGGCUACUCUGGGGAUUAGCUCUUUCCAGGACUGACUCAUGCUUAUUUGCACGCCCUGCUGUCUCUCUCUCUUACUCCAGCUGCACUCCCUUUGUGGGAGGUCACUAUGUGUUUUCCCACUCCUGGGGUAUCAAAGUCAUUCCAUAGAAAACUGUCUCCAGCAAUUUUCUCCAUCACUACCCAGAUAGUGCCAUUUCCCCAGUGGUUGGUAGAGGAACCCGGGCCCACCCUUUACUCCAGAUUCUUACUCAGAGAGUCUCUACUCAGAUGCUAAGGUCUGUACCAUUUUAAAUCUUGCUGCUGUUUCCCUGAGCCUUUUCGAACAUUAUUUCUCUCAGGCUUUCACUCCACCACCCUUUUGGAUAAACCCUUCCUUCCGGGCAUGGAUCCCCUGGGGUUUCUGCUUUCUCCCUGCAUUUCCUUCCUUCCCUCUCUACCAUCCAGAAAAUGACUAGAGGCAUUAGGGUUUGCCUCUCCAGCCUAAUUCUCCCCCAGGUGUAGCUGUGAGGUUAAUUAACUCCUUCCCAACUAUCUUAACUCUGUCAGGUGAGGGUGAGGAGAACACUCCAUCACCUGGUAAUUUCUUUUUUUACAUCAAACAAGAUUUUUGUUCUCUGUUUAUACAGUCUAAUGCUGGUAGUUGUGCAGCAAUUGUUUCUGAGUGCAACACUAAAUUAAUUUUCUAAAGCAUGUGAAUGCAGUGCCUAGGUUCAGUGGUUCUGUUCUAAAGCUUUAAUACUCUAACUGAACAAUAAGAUCCAACAUUUCUAACUGCUUAAGUAUAUUAAUCAAAGUAUUUAAAUGUAGAGGGGAAAAAAUAAUCCUGUUUCAAUGCUCACUGAAAACACACAAGCUGGGCAUACCCUAAGAGAGACCAAAAACUGCCAACUCCUUGGAGAUUGUCCUGUAUAUUUGAAAUGUUCAAUUAAUUAUAUAUAUAUAUUUCCUUAACAGAAGUCCUUUAGUGAGCAGGCAAGUUUUUACUCCUUUCAGUCUUGAUUCCAAAUUCACUGUGUAAAUUAAAAUAUUUCAGCAGAA